AUGGAUCUUCUAUUAGUCCUACCUGGAUUUGUAACGAAAACCUUUGCACACAUUCUUCCUCCCCUCGAACGAGCUAAAGUCACCACUGUCGACCUGAUCACUCUUGACUCUCUUGAGAUCGCGAAACGUGCCCGCGUACCUCCCGCAGACGUUCGCCGGCUCUCCUCCCGCAUCGUUGAGGCAUUGCACACCGAUGUUGGCUUUGAAAAGUCACAGGCAGAUACAGGGACCAGCGAUGGGCCCAGCUCCAGUAUAAACCCUGAUGUGGCGAGCAGGACAAUCGGAUCGACGAAGCGCACGUCACAAUGGAACACUAUAAGCACUCUUGACCCUGGUAUGGAUGCACUCCUAGGAGGUGGAAUUCCGACUGGAUAUGUCACAGAAAUUACAGGCGAGAGGUCUUAUGAGCCGGACAGGCACAAUCUGACAUGUGGAUCAAUGUCCAGUGGAAGCGGCAAGACCCAGUUCCUUCUAAGCCUCUGUCUAGCCGUCCAGCUACCCAAACCACAGGGGCUACAACAACGUGCCAUAUAUAUAUCGACAGAACACCCACUAUCUACGCCACGACUCUCACAGCUCCUAGAAUGUCAUCCUAUCCUCUCAACACUCCCCGCCGAGCAAGCGCCCUCGCUGCAGAAUAUCCUGUCCAUCAACGCCAUGGACUUGGAGACACAAGAUCACAUCUUAAAUUUCCAUCUUCCCGUCGCCAUCGAACGUUAUAACAUCGGCCUGGUCAUCAUCGAUUCAGUAACAUCCAAUUACCGCGCUGAACAACCAUCGAACAGCAUCCAAGCCCUCACCAAACGAUCAUCCCAGCUCGCAAAAUUGGGCCAUCUAUUGCGCAACCUCGCCGUAAAGGAAGACAUCGCCAUCGUGCUCGCGAACCAAGUCUCCGAGCGUUUCGAACCAAUAAAAAGCAGCGAGCCAACACCACGGUCAGGGUCAUCCAUACCAAGCCAAACAACAGAUCGUGGAUCCGGCCCUAUCUCCCCCCUCCCAAAAUCCCGAACUGAACAGUUAGCUACUAGAAAUAGCCAGCAGCCACCCUCUUCCUCCGCUAUCUCCUCAUCACCUUACCACGCACCAAACGAUAAAAACUUCGACGGCUCGUACCUGAUUGCCCCUCGAGUACGCAAUAGCAUGUUGAACGUGGAUCACCAGGAGCGCUUCUACUCUGGCUGGGGGGAUGGCGCGUACCCAGAGAGCGGAUCUCUGAAGAACCCUGCCCUGGGAUUCGUCUGGUCAACGCAGAUCGCCUGUCGAAUCGCAUUGAAAAAGAAAGAAUCCCACGCUGUAGGUGUUUCCGUGGACGAUGAUGCAUAUAUGGCGUCCACACAGGAAACAUCGCAGUCCCAAAACGGAGGAAAUGUCAACACCUAUCGAGAUCCGGAUUCAAUAGCAAUGCCCGCCCCCUCUCUCAAGAAGAGAGUCUCUGACUCACAGAACCACCAGCCCAUUCCGGGUCCUGAAUCUACCAUACGGAGGACCAUGAAACUGGUGUUCUCGCCGUGGACGGCAGGUCCCAAGGAUACACCGAGGAACGGCCAACCAAGUAGAAGAAGUGGUGAGGUAGAGUUUGAAAUCUGGAAAGGUGGCUUGAGAAGUGUGAGUCAUGGUGACUGA